GGUCUUCCUCUUCGCCCAGUAUUGGAUAUGCUUAAUUUACCUUAUCACUCAUUGGCGAAAUGGCUUGCUAAAAUGCUUGAACCUGUGAGAUCAAAUCUGUGAAAAUAUAGUCUUCCCGAUACAUUCGGUUUUGUUUGCUGCAUAGAAAAAAUCAACGUAACAGUUGAAACUGUUUGUUAUCUAUAUGAUUACAUUGAUUCGAAUAAUAUUAACAUUGGAUUACCUACGAAUCACCUAAAAGAACUGAUAUUAAGAUACAGAUGGAGUUGCAAUGGGGUUGUUACUGAGCCCCGUCCUGGCUGAUAUCUUUAUGGCAAAGCUCAAAAACGGACCACUUUAUUUGUAUAAAAACUACAUUGACGAAAAUUUUCUUAUUUACGAAGAAACGUGUUCAGUGGACGAGCUGCUAAGACGUUUCAAUGACUGUCACCCGUCUAUUAAAUUCACUGUAGAUGAAGAGUUAAAUUCAACGUUCCACUUUCUAGGCGUAAUGUUAAAGAGAAGCGAUGAUGGCUCAAUUCAAAGGUCAGUCUAUCGAAAACCAACCUGGACCGGUCAGUUCACUAACUUUAAUAGCUGGGUACCUCUUAGUUAUGUUCCAGAAUCUAUAAAAUCUGUUCAGAAGACACGGCAAAUGUUGAAAUCGAAACUCUUGGAACAACACUAUCGAAUAAGGGAUACCCUCAAAGAUUUAUUGACGAAAAUCUGAAGAAACGAAUCAACCCUCACCCUAUUACAAUUUCUAAGAAAAUCCUAACCAUGAAUCUAGAAUUCAAACGAGACACCAUAACCAAAGUGUUGAGAAGCCGUCUGUCAAGGUGCAUCACUAGUAGCUUCUAUGCUGCUAGACCGUGACUCAUAGUCUGCAGUCGCCAUCUGAUUCGACAAUGCGUGAAGCAUUGACUACCACUUAUGUCCACAUCUAUAUGUAUCUACAAAUUCACAUGUUCCUGUGGAGCUGACUAUAUUAAACUUUGUAAGCUGGCCCUCCG